AUGGCCUCGCCAUCGUCGAAACCGAUCCCUUACACCGCCAACCCUCUUCUUCUUAUGAUCAAUGACUUGAUGCUCUUUGCCGAGAUUACAUUUACAUGGCCCAUCACAGCUGGUCUUCCCAGUAUUGUACUCCCAUUAUUUCCAACGAGAUCGGGCUCUCUGGAUGAGCUGGCCUUCACCGGUGCGAAUCUGUGGGCUGCUGUCUUGCACUUCAUUCUCAUGGUCGCUCAGACAAUCUUCCUCGGUUCGCUACUGCCACUGGCAUUCAUUGGCCUGCCAUCCUUCUAUCUCUUGUACAUUGUUGGCUUCGUUAUUGGAAAUCAAUGGUUUACCGUUCUGUUGAAUGGGCCGAGGCGUCGAAGGCUCUUUGAGUCAAAUCCAGAAUGUGUCAGAGGAAAGCCUUUACAUGAACAUGAGAAAUGGGUGUUUAUCAAUGGUGUGGCUGUGGGGCGCCAUUGGUUGCAGUCCAAUCUCGAUCGCCUCGCGAUGACUUUUAGACGGCCCGUUUUUGGAAUCCAUAAUCAGACACGGGGCAUCAUCUUCGAUGUCCUCGAAUGCAUCAUUCAGCGUGACUUGAACUUCGCCACCCUAGACAUUCGGAUCGCAUAUGCAGCAAUGGUUGACAUUCUGUCCGACGACAAUAUCCACAAGGUAGUCUUGAUCCUCCACAGCCAGGGAGCCAUUGAAGGCGGCUUGGUGCUUGACUGGCUCUACGAUACGGUGCCAGCGGACCAGCUUGGCAAGCUGGAGGUGUACACGUUCGGAAAUGCUGCAAACCAUUGGAAUGCCCCCGUCAUAUCGUCCUCAGCAUCUGCUAGUGCAAAUGGCCACGGUGUAGUUGAGCAGAGGCUUGUGCCACAUAUCGAGCAUUAUGCCAACGAGAGCGACUACGUCUCGAGAUUCGGCAUCUUACAUUUCCGCCCGGAUCGACCAUUACCUCGAGCAUUGGCUCAAGACAACACACCAUUUGCUCCCAGCUCCCGGAAUACGCCUCAAGACAAGUCCAAAGUCUCAGACGAGGCAUCUCGCCUCACACGACGUACCCCUCCCAAGGUCGACACGCGUGAGAAGGUAGUCGCAGCCUCUUCGAGACCAUUGCUCUCUCCCAGGACACCGAUCGAGAUGAUGGAUCUUCGAGAAGAGCAGAUAAAUCUAUUCUUCGGGCGUUUGUUCAAACGAGUCGGCUCUGGUCACCAGCUGAAUCAACAUUACUUGGACAACAUCUUCGAGAUGGAGGGCAUCGAUACCAAAGAUCUCUCCCGCGGACGUGUGCGAGACAGCAACGGCUUCAUGGAUGCCGAAGUCGACAUGGAUAUCUUGCGAGAGUGGGAUACUGUACAGGCCGCUCCACGAAGAACUGGUGCGCCAGGAAGACAGGUCAAGGAGCUCAGUCGCCUGUGGACUUAUCGAAAUGGGCGGAGCCCAGAGGAUUGA